GUGCCACUGCCACUUGUGUCACUUGCUAUUCUGAAUUAUGGCAGAUGAAAACACUCCUCAGAAGAAGGAAGAUUUAAAGAAAAGACCUAAACGACACCCAAACAAAAACUAUGCUUUAAAAAAGCGAGUACCAUUGAAACCCGUAGACGGUGAUAAUGUGAUAUAUAUUACGAGGAAGACUAAUUUCAAGGCACAGCUCGAUAAGUGCUGCGAUCUCUUGACUAAGGGAGAAAAAGACAUAAUUCUUCAUGGUUUAGGCGCUGCCAUACAAAGGUGCUGCAACCUGGCACUUCAACUUGAAAUAUUGUUCUCUGGCACAUGUCAGAUUGAAGUAAACACCGGAACUGUAGACUGUGUUGAUGACCUGGAGCCACUGACUGAUGAGCUAGACUUUGAUUCACAAGUGAGGUGUUCAUCUUCAAUCCAUAUAAGGAUAUUUAGAACUGCAAUGCUUGGUGCCAACCAGUAAAGAUGUUCUUCACGCUGAAUGAAAUAGUGCAGUGGAUUGGACUAACAGUGUUUGAAAUAUGGAUUAAUCUAAUUACUAUAACAAUAUUCUCUGUGUUGUUAGCUUUGAAAAUAGAUGGAGUGGUGUACAGCGCUUGGUGGACAGUGUUUGCACCAUUGUUUGUGAGUGAUGCUAUGAAUGCAUAUUUUUGCUGUAUAGUAUGUAUAAGGAUGAAUUUAGAAAGUUCAUACAAAGCCUCCUUAUAUAGAGCUUCAUGGAGUGCUAUAUUUUUAGGCCUGACAUUUGUAUUUAAAUUUUUAUUAUGCAGAAAACUACAAGGUGAUUCUGCAAUAGAAUAUAGUGAGGUUUUUGCACCUCUAUUUAUACUUCUACAAUUAAUAGCUGUAAGAGCCUGUCAGUUACAUCAAUAACACUGUUUUGUUGUUUGCAAAUAAAAAACAUGACA